CUAGCUGGAGAGCACAGUGGAGAGCUCUAGGCUUCCCUUGGGACUAUUUCCAAGGUCCAGAAUCAACCACAACUUCUCAAGUUACCUGAGAGCAGAGCAGGGGCAGGGCCAGGACACCAGCAGAGGAGAAAGAGCUUAGCUAGCCAAGCUGAAGAAGACAGAGGUCACUAGGGACUACUAGAUCAUGGCAGCAGCAGCCGCCUGGAUCCUGGCACAGUAAAUGAUUUCCAGCAGCUUAAAGUAUUCAUCUGUGUGGGAUAUUGCAUAAAUCUUGGAAGACUGCAAUAAAGUGGCAAUGUCCCGGGAACCUACCCCACCUCUCCCUGGAGAUAUGUCUACUGGUCCUAUAGCAGAAAGCUGGUGUUAUACACAGGUUAAAGUAGUAAAAUUUUCCUACAUGUGGACCAUUAAUAACUUCAGCUUUUGUCGAGAGGAAAUGGGUGAAGUGUUAAAAAGUUCAACAUUCUCAUCUAGCCCCAGUGACAAAAUGAAAUGGUGCCUGAGGGUAAACCCAAAGGGAUUAGAUGAUGAAAGUAAAGACUACUUGUCCUUAUAUUUGCUUUUAGUCAGCUGCCCAAAAAGUGAAGUUCGAGCAAAAUUCAAAUUUUCCCUUCUAAACGCUAAAAGGGAAGAAACAAAAGCAAUGGAAAGCCAAAGAGCAUAUCGAUUUGUACAAGGGAAAGACUGGGGUUUUAAAAAAUUCAUUCGAAGGGAUUUUUUGCUUGAUGAAGCUAAUGGUCUUUUACCAGAUGACAAGCUUACAUUAUUUUGUGAGGUGAGUGUGGUCCAAGAUUCAGUAAAUAUAUCAGGACAUACUAAUACAAAUACUUUGAAGGUGCCUGAAUGUCGACUAGCAGAAGAUUUAGGUAAUCUCUGGGAAAACACAAGAUUUACAGAUUGCAGUUUUUUUGUGAGAGGACAAGAAUUUAAGGCUCAUAAAUCUGUACUUGCAGCUCGAUCCCCAGUUUUUAAUGCAAUGUUUGAACAUGAAAUGGAAGAAAGCAAAAAGAAUCGAGUGGAAAUAAAUGAUGUAGACCCUGAGGUUUUUAAAGAAAUGAUGAGAUUCAUUUACACAGGGAAAGCACCAAACCUUGAUAAAAUGGCUGACAACUUGUUGGCAGCUGCAGACAAAUAUGCACUGGAACGGCUGAAGGUCAUGUGUGAAGAAGCUUUGUGUAGUAACCUCUCGGUAGAAAAUGUUGCUGAUACCCUUGUCCUUGCAGAUUUGCACAGUGCAGAACAGUUGAAAGCACAAGCCAUAGACUUUAUUAAUAGGUGCAGUGUACUUCGACAACUUGGGUGUAAAGAUGGGAAAAACUGGAACAGCAACCAAGCAGCAGACAUAAUGGAAACAUCAGGGUGGAAGUCCAUGAUUCAGUCUCACCCUCAUUUAGUAGCAGAAGCCUUCCGAGCACUAGCAUCUGCACAAUGUCCACAGUUUGGCAUUCCACGCAAACGGCUAAAACAGUCCUGAAAUCUUCCAUGAACUGUAGAAAAAUGGAAUUGACUUUUACUCCUCCAGGUCCAGAAGGAUUCUAAUAACAAACCAUAAGCAAGAGUUGUUUCUGUUGUCUUGUCCACGAACAGAAGCUGAAAAAGCAUAUUGCUUGCAUUUCAGGUGGAUAAUUUAUGGUUUAUUCUUCAGCUUUAAAUUAGACUGAUUAUACUCUAAUUCACUUCAAGGCCUUAAAUUAUCUUCAAUGACUUCUCUUGUUCAUAUAAUACUUUAAUUUUUUUAUUGUGCCUUGUCAUUUUGACUAAGGCUAUGCAGGAUUGCACUAGCUCCAUAAUGCAGUAAUAUUGAUAACUGAAGAUAUUAAGUUUCAAAAGGAUCUUCCAUUAGUUUGAGAAAAGCAAAAUGAAUUUUAUAGGGUUUGUCCUAUGCUAUCUCAAAGUUUAAAACUAGGUUCUUCUUAAAAGCACUCGUAUUGGAGAUUACUGGUAAUGUCUCCAGUCUAAGUCCUAUACAUAUAGGAGAACCUGCUUACCUUCAAAGUAAGUUACGGCAAUACACUGCUUCAAUUCUAAUUUAUUUUUCAUUUCAGGGGGCAAAUAUGCAAUGAGUUGGCCCAAAUUUUUAGUAAAAUUUGGAUGUUUUUCUGUGUGUUGACUGUCCAGCAGACUAAGAGAAGCAUAACAAACCUUUGCUUGUGUUUCUUUGUGGGUUUGUUCAAGUUUACAAUGACUGAGAACUGAUUGAGGUUAAGAUUUCAAUAAAAAGAAAGCAUGUUUUGUGCUGAAUUAAUUUUUUUUUAAUUUGUAGUGACCUACAUUUAUAUGACCUACAUUCUGUCCAUGUUGAAAGUAAGGAUGACCAAAUGUAAAUUUAAUGAGUGGGCCAAUUAAGAAAGCUAUAUAUGCACUUUUCAUGUGUAACUUUUGUAUGCUAAAUGGUACAUAUAUUUUUUGUUUGUUUUUGAGGGUAUUAAUAAGGUAUAAUUAAUUGUGUCUUAACUUUUGCAAGAAUUUUUUAAGACUGAGGGAGGCAACUGGGAUGUUUAUGAUAAUAGAUAAGAAAGGUAUUCUUGAUUAUAGUUAAAUUGGUUUGAAUUUCAGAUAUUUAUUAUUGAAUUUACUCUGUCUUAUCCCACUUUGGAGAAGGCAAUUGAACAAUAAAAUUCUGGACACUCUACUCUCCUUCUAAAAAUAGUGAACUGAUAUUUGCAGACUAAAGGAGAGAACCCUUAGAAAUAUAUUAGGCCACACUCUGAACCUUUUCCCCCCCUAGCUUUCUCCUUUCUGUUUCAGUUACUGUACUAACAUUGUGGAUGAUACUGAAAUUCUGCAUAAUGUGAACAGGAUAAACUAUUUAUAAACUGCUUUUCAUGGGCCAGUUCUUUAUUAUAAAUGAAUUUAGCUUUAAACACAUACACAUGUUCAGUGUUUGAUAGCUCUGUUCGCAGUGAAGGUCUGUCCUGGUGCAUUGUCCCGGAGAAGUAGGAGCAGUGGCAAGUCACUGCAUCUGAUUUCAUGGAAUAGUGACAAUAUGCUUCUUAGACAAGAUUUAUACUUGACCACAAGGGGAAAAGUGUGUCACUG